AUUACACGACAAACAUCCUAAAAAGGAAUAUUCUUGAAAUAAAAUGCGGAAAUUUUCAAUAGCGUUGAGCGGUAUUUUACUAUUAUUUUAUAUUACUCCCAGUCUGAGUAGAGCUUCGAAUGAUUCGCAGCCAUCGUCCAAUUGUCCACGCAUCAAACUCAAACGUCAAUGGGGUGGCAAACCAAGUUCGAUCAUCAAUUAUCGUCCCGUCCCGGUGAAAUAUGUCAUUAUCCAUCACACGGUCACAAAGGAAUGUUUCAAAUUCUUGGAAUGUGCGGAAAUUUUACAAAAUAUGCAACAUCAUCAUUUGAACACAUUGGAUUUCGAUGAUAUCGGUUACAACUUCCUUAUCGGCAACGAUGGUGUAAUUUAUGAAGGCACUGGUUGGUAUGUUAGAGGUGCUCACACCUAUGGUUACAAUCAAAAUGGCACCGGCAUUGCAUUCAUUGGCAAUUUUAUGGAAAAACUACCCAAUCGCAAAGCACUGAAGGCAGCCAAGGAACUUCUGGCAUGCGGUGUCGCCACAGGUGCUUUGGAUCCCAACUAUGACCUUUUGGCAGCAACACAAGUUUCAUCCACCAAAAGUCCAGGUCUGACGUUAUACAAUGAAAUACAAGAAUGGCCUCAUUGGUCACCGAAUGCGUCGAAUAAAAAAUGAUAAAUUUGCAACGAAAAUUUCCCCCAAAAAGACUGGGAAUAGUUAAAUAGGUUUAAAGUUUGAUAUAUAAUAUUAUACUCUUAGCUGUAAAUAAAAAUUAUUUAUGUAAAA